UUGGACGGUGCGAGGAGAGCAGGCAGCCGACGACUUCCCCCGCGCGGAGGCCUCUGCUUGCUUCCACCCAGCCCAGGUCGUCCAACGCCUGCUGCAUAGCCCUCUCCCCCACCCAGCAGCAGCCGAUCGGCCUCGGCUAGAUCUCGCCGGCCGCCUCCAAUUGGUCCUCCGCUGUCGCCGAGGGCUCGUUCUCUAGGCCCGCAGAUCUGCGCUGCUGCGCCCCGUGGAAACCUCCGCUCCUAGCUAUCCGUCUAUUGGAUCGAUCGAUCUUCCCAUCUCCCCCGCACGAGUCCUUCCAAGGAAUCGAAAAUUUCCAGCCGGCCCGGCGCGGGGGUUAUUCUGCUAUAUCAACAGCUCCGCUGGGCGCUGAGGUUCUGUAGGAGGGCGGUGCGCUGAUCGGGGGCAGGGGAGCGAGCAUGAUGAGGGGGCAGGCGUGGCUGGCGCUGCUGCUCGUGGUGGCGCUGGCCUUGGCGGACGCGGCGGCGGGGAGGUUCGUGGUGGAGAAGAACAGCAUCCAGGUGACGUCCCCCGACGAGCUCAAGGGCAAGUACGAGUGCGCCAUCGGCAACUUCGGGGUGCCGCAGUACGGGGGCACCCUGCACGGAUGGGUCGAGUACCCCAAGUCCAACCGGAAGGCGUGCCAGAGCUUCGACCAGUUCGACAUCUCGUUCAAGCCCAAGCAGGCUGGGGGACGACCCACCUUCGUCCUCGUCGACCGCGGAGAAUGCUUCUUCACAACCAAGGCAUGGAAUGCACAAAACGCUGGAGCUGCUGCAGUUCUUGUCGUGGAUGACAAGUCAGAACCUCUAAUCACAAUGGACAACCCAGAAGAAGGCAAAGAGCACCUAGAAAACAUCACUAUUCCCUCAGUGCUUAUAACAAAGAAAUUGGGGGAAAGCCUUAAGAAAUCUGUGGAAAAUGGUGAUAUGCUUAGCGUUCUUCUGGACUGGAGAGAAUCCCUUCCCCAUCCCGAUGAGCGUGUAGAGUAUGAGUUCUGGACAAACAGUAAUGAUGAAUGUGGUCCUAAAUGCGAUAUGCAAAUGGACUUUGUGAGGAGCUUUAGAGGAACUGCACAAAUUCUUGAGAAAAAGGGUUACACUCAGUUUACUCCUCAUUAUAUCACAUGGUAUUGUCCAGAAGCUUUUGUCAGUAGCAAGCAAUGCAAAUCACAGUGCAUCAAUCAUGGGAGAUAUUGUGCACCAGACCCUGAGCAGGAUUUUAGCCAAGGGUAUGAUGGAAGAGAUGUUGUGGUUCAAAAUCUGCAUCAAAUUUGUGUAUUCAAGAUUGCUAAUGAGACUGGAAAGCCAUGGCUGUGGUGGGAUUAUGUGCAUGAUUUUGCACUUAGGUGCCCAAUGAAGGAUAAGAAAUACAACCAUGACUGUGCCAGCGAUGUUAUCAAGUCACUUGGAUUGGAAAUGGAGAAGAUAAACAAGUGUAUUGGCGACCCUGAAGCCGAUGUGGAAAAUGAAAUUUUAAAGGCGGAACAAGAUGCCCAAAUUGGUCAUGGUAAUAGGGGAGAUGUCACAAUACUACCAACCCUUGUCAUCAACAACAGGCAAUACAGAGGUACGCUGGACAAAGUUGCUGUCAUGAAAGCGAUCUGUUCAGGAUUCGAGGAGACAACUGAGCCUGCUGUUUGUUUGAGCGAAGAGGUUCAAACAAAUGAGUGUUUGGAGAACAAUGGGGGUUGCUGGCUGGACACAGCUAAUAAUGUUACUGCAUGCAAGGAUACCUUCCGUGGGCGUGUUUGUGAGUGCCCUAUUGUGAGAGGUGUAAAAUUUGUUGGUGAUGGAUAUACCCAUUGUGAAGCUUCUGGUAUUGGUAGGUGUGAGAUCAAUAAUGGAGGGUGCUGGCAGGAAACUAAAGAUGGGAAGACAAUCUCUGCCUGCUCAAACGAAGUAUCUGAAGGUUGUAAAUGUCCAGUGGGUUUCAAGGGUGAUGGAGAAAAAAGUUGUGAAGACAUUGAUGAAUGCAAAGACAAACUUUACUGUCAGUGCAAGGGUUGCAGCUGCAAGAAUACAUGGGGAAGCUAUGAGUGCAGCUGUGGUGAUGACAAUAUGCUAUACAUGAGGGAGCAUGACACUUGCAUCAGCAAAAAGGGUACUACCAGUACUGUUGGCUGGAGCUUCCUCUGGGUUAUUUUCUUUGGACUUGUUUUUGCCGGGGUUGGAGCAUACGCUGUGUACAAAUACAGGCUGAGGAGUUACAUGGAUUCGGAGAUCCGUGCCAUCAUGGCUCAGUACAUGCCUCUGGAUAACCAAGAAGGGGCAAACCAGCAUCAGGUCGUGCACGCGAAUGAUAUUUGAAGCGGCACUCCUUUUCUGGAGCAGCAUAGAAGGAGCGCGCAACAUUUCACUUGUGCUGCUGCAUCAUUGGACAUGGGUUUUACAAAUAGGUCAACUAGGCUCAAAGAUACACGGGUUGUGCGAGGAGAUCAAGAUUUACUGUAACAUGUAUUAUGAGAGACGUUGUGCACCUCUUGUUACGACACUUGAUGAACAGCAUAGGGGAUGAAUACCAUAUCGUAGUUUUAGUAGCACUUGGUUGCCUUUAGUUUUUCUUCAAACUUGUGAGUUCUUGUUGCCUCGUCCCAUACAUUUUCUUUUCUUUAGAUAUAAUGGAACACGUCGCAUACAUGUCAUGUGAACACUGUAAAUACCGUUACCUGAAUAAAGCUUCAGCCUGCAAGGCUACAAGCAGCGUACCAAUACUCUCAA